ACGGCGGGCCGUUGCCCCGGCGACGCCGCGCUGGACCGGGGGCCGAGGCCAUCCCGGGUCCCUCCAUCCCGGUCCAGUCGCUGCAUCCCGGUCCGGCCUCUCCAGCCGGGUCCGGGCCCUCCAGACGGGUCCCUCCGGCCAUGGAGAAGUACCAGGUGCUGGGGCUGGUGGGGGAAGGCAGCUACGGGGUGGUGACCAAGUGCAGGAACAGGGAGAGCGGGCAGAUCGUGGCCGUCAAGAAGUUCCUGGAGAGCGAGGACGACGCGGCGGUGAGGAAGAUCGCCGUGAGGGAGAUCAAGCUGCUCAAGCAACUCAGGCAUGAGAAUCUGGUGAACCUGCUGGAGGUGUGCAAGAGGAAGAAACGAUGGUAUCUGGUGUUUGAAUUUGUGGAUCACACAGUGCUCGAUGACCUGGAGGCGUCUCCCAACGGCCUGGACUACGACAGGGUUCGGAAAUACUUAUUCCAGAUUACCAGAGGAAUUGCCUUUUGUCACAGUCAUAAUAUAAUCCAUCGGGAUAUUAAGCCAGAGAACAUCCUGGUUUCCCAGUCGGGAGUUGUGAAGCUUUGCGACUUCGGAUUUGCCCGUCCCUUGGCAGCUUCCGGGGAAGUUUACACGGAGUACGUGGCGACCCGGUGGUACAGAGCUCCAGAGCUGCUGGUGGGAGACAGCAAGUAUGGCAAGGCUGUGGACGUGUGGGCUAUUGGCUCCCUGAUAACAGAAAUGCUUACAGGAGAGCCCCUUUUCCCUGGAGAUUCAGACAUUGACCAGCUCUACCAUAUCACCAAAUGCCUGGGUAAUUUAAUUCCAAGGCACCAAGAGUUAUUCUAUAAAAAUCCCCUCUUUGCUGGCAUGAGGCUGCCUGAGGUGAAGGAGGUGGAAUCUCUGGACAAACGCUAUCCCAAGCUCUCUGCUGCCGUGCUGGAUUUAACCAAGGAGUGUUUGCAGAUCGACCCGGACAAAAGACCGUCCUGCGCCGAACUCUUGCAGCACAAUUUCUUUAACCAGGACGGGUUUGCUGAGAGGUUUACUGAGGAACUUAAAUUAAAGAUCCAGAAAGAUGCCAGAGACCGUCAGUUACAAAAAAAAUCCAAAGUCAGCAAAAGGGAGAAAGAUGAUGUUUUAGAAGAAAGAAAAUUAUUCAGUGUCCAGGAUUUUGGCCCAAGGAGCAGAGAGGAGAAGCUGUUGAAGACGAAGCGCUCUAAAGCCGAUGCAGAGAAAACAGACCGAUGCUCCAACCUGAGCUUCCUCUACGACAGCGCCGUCAACCCGUUCAAAAUCAGCCCUCAGACCAGCCUGAAAGAUUCCAGCAGCAGCUUGGACUACGCCAAGAACCCGGGCAUAGUGAUCCCUCCCAUCAACCAGAACUUUUCUCCUACCUUUGGGAUGGGCCCCGUGCCCGGGAGCCUUAAUUACAGACUUGAUGAAAAGAGUAAAAAAUACUUGAACCCAUUGCUAAAGCAACAGAGGCCUUCUCCUGCAGGCCAUUACAGCGUCAGCCUGACACCGGUUACUAAUGAAAAAAACAUCCUUCAGGCGAAUAGGAAGAAAUGGGAAUUCUCCAAGGCAGAUGUGCGUUUGCCAGAACUGAAUCACCUCCCCGAGCUGAGAGGAGUGGAAGCGUGGCAUCCCAGAUUUCUGAAGAAGGAAAAUAAAACAGUUCCAGAGUCCCGAGUCCCCUCCCUCGCCGCUAUCGACCUUCAUAACUCGAGCCUGUCCUCGCAGCAGCAGUCAGGGGCCUUGAUGCCAGAUGCAUCAGAAGCCAGCUUCCCCAGAGUUGAACACUAGCCUUAGGGAGAAGAUCCUGCCUGUAAAAGGUGACUGAACAGUGGGAACAACCCAUCUGAGUUUCCAGGGGCUAAAGCUGCCAGGUCUGUGCAGGCGAGAGGAGGAUCCCUUACUGCUGUUGGCACAGUGGACUGCCAUGGAAGUGGCUCGGGUCCGGGCCGAGGACAGAGCUCGCACUGCCAUUGCUGCUGGAUUUCUUGCAUGCAAAGAGCCCCUGAGAUGGUGGCUUUCUGGCCUAGGGCCAGGCCUUGUCUGAGGAAAGUAGUGGUUGUUGGUGUGUGACAAGGGCAGGAGCUGGCUUGGAGGAUUUCCGAGGAAGCUGGGCUUUCUCUUGCCUAACUGCUGCCCGCCUGAGGGGUUUCUUUUUAAUGCAUAGUGACGAGAGCAGCUGCUGAAAUUGUCAUAUUUUGGUGGGCUGCCUGAUCUGGAUCGGAAAGCACUUUCGCCUUGACAUUGAAGAAAAUGUUUGUGCAAGAAAUACAACGUUUAAAUGUGCAAAUCUUCACAGCUGUUCCUUUGAAACCCUUGCUAAUGCACGUGUCACUUUGGGUUAGAUUCCUUUUCCCUUCCCACCUCUGACCCCAUGUUCAGGCGGGGUUUUUUGGGGUGUUUCAUGGGGCCUGUUGUCUGGCUGUUGUUAAUGGUGCAGAAAGGAAUAUCGUUGUGGAAUACUGAGCUGUGGCACGUGAAAUGGCUCAGUAACUGAAGUCAUCAUUCCUUUAGGUCCCUGGGGGAAUGGGACGUGUAAAACUUGACUGGUUUUAUCUCAUGAGUGUUUGGAAACCCGUUUUUGCUUAUCUGCCCUCAGUUUGUGGGUGGUCAGUUCUGUGCUGUCCCUGUGCUGCUCGCAACUCUGUUUUCCAUCAGCUGUCACAACUCACAUGGUGUCGUUAACUUUGGAGCUUAUUUUUCCACAAAAUACAGCCUUUCCUAUUGAUGGAUCAUGGUAGAAAUAUCAUCUGAACUAACGGUAUUUAGGGAUUUGUGGCUAUGCUGUGUCUUGACAUGUACAUUUAAUUUGUAAAUAAAAGGACGUUCCAAUUCCA